ACCUAAGGGUGCAAAGAAAAGCUCAAGCCUGAGGCAGAGCAAGUAAAACUUCGAGUCUAUUCGACUGGUUGUGAUUGCUGUCGUCGAAGAGCUGGCUCUGGCGACGAAGUAUGCGUUUCCUCUCUUUCUUUCCCGUGUGCCUCGCGGCAUCGCUGUCUCUCUCUUCGCCUCUCGUCCCUAUCGCACGACCUCCCGACACCACAGGGCAACCACUACUCGACCUCGAAAGUAUAAGACAGCUCAUAGAAUCAAGUCUUGAGCCAGUAGUCUGGAAGUGGCAAUUUCCGGCGCUGCUAGACAGUGGCAACAAGAUCGAUGCCGGCGCAUGGCUGACGGAUUAUCUACAGCUCAGUAGCAAAAAGGGACCCGUUGGUCAGCAAAAUCUCGACUUCAUCAAGGCGCCCAAUUCUCCGCCCACUACCUCGCUGAGCGUGGCCUACCCAAAGGGAAGCUUUAACAUCGCUUCCGCUUCUGAAAGCUCGGGGAAAGAGGGGGGCGUACCCCUCGGCGGGACCUCAUUCUAUUGUCCGAUCCAAGGUCCCGGCAAUAAACAAUCACCAUUGUGGAAAAGAUCUCUGCUUCUCUCCUACCGCGUCACCUUUUCUCACGAUUUCGAUUUUGUCAAGGGGGGCAAACUUCCCGGACUGUACUCUGGUCUGCUGCAGUCCGACGGCAAGAUAUUCAAAGGCUGCCAGGGGGGGUCAAGAGAAGAGGCCGGCUCCAAGUGCUGGAGUGUGCGGAUCAUGUGGCGCGCAGGAGGUGCUGGUGAAGUCUACGCUUAUAUCCCUACCACCGGAGACUCGUCAUAUCAACUAUGCGGCCAGCAAGGUGUGCAGUGCAGCAAGGGAAACUAUGGAGCGAGCAUCGGGCGCGGCAACUUUGCAUUCACUGCCGGAAGCCCGAUGACGCUCUCACUUCUCGUCGUGCUCAACAGCAGAGAAGAUCGUGCCGACGGUAGGAUCUCGCUUUUUGCCGACAAGAAGCUGGUCAUCGAUAAGCCUGGCCUUCUGCUUCGGACGGCGGGCUUGCAAGACGACACUCCAUGGGUGGACAACAUCUUUUUUAGCACUUUCUUUGGGGGCUCAAAAGUCGACUUUGCAUCUUCGAAAGAUGUCAAAGCCUCCUUUGACUCGGUAGAGCUUCGCUCGGGUAAUGUGUAUGUGAGCACGUAGGCUAUAACCUUCUGCCACAGUACGGCCACCAAUUUUCCAUACCCUUAAGCCCUCUUUAUUCACUCCCUUCUGUGCUUCGGCAAUCUGCACGGCAGAUAGGCGAUGUCCCGGGGAAUGCCAAUGUCUAUCGUCAUCUUAUUCACAAUCUACAUUCACUUCUACGUCC